AUGGCCCUUCCCCGCCAAUUCGCCCAAAUCCCCCGCUUCCGCCUCUUAUACCCCGAUCCGUCGCCAAUCCACCCCCUCCAAGCCUUAACCACAUCCCUCACAGCUAACAACCAAGCACCCCGAGCCUCUAUAUACGCGAAGAGAGAAGACCACUCCUCCCCGCUCGCAUGCGCGGGGAACAAAUACCGCAAACUCGAGUACUUAAUACCCGACAUUCUAAACCCAGCACCUCCAACGCCUAAUUCUGCCGUCAAUGGUGGCGCAACCGCACCCGGAAAGAUCACAACACUCGUCACGGAAGGUGCGGUGCAGAGUAAUCAUACGAUACAGGUUGCCUCUGUCGCACAGAAACUUGGGCUGGAAUGUGUUGUUAUCUUGCACAAGAACACGGGCGGUGGGUUAGGUGCGGCUAUUGAUAAAAAGGCGUUCUUGAGGGCUGGGAAUGUACAGGUUGCGAAGUUAUUGGGGGCUGAGAUUAAGAUACUUGAACCAUCUCCCCAGGGAAAAAAGACCGAUCCUGUGAUCGAUAUCCUGGAUGCGUUAGGGGCUAAUGGUAAAGUCCCCUACUGGAUCCCGUCUGGUGCAAGUCUACAUCCACUAGGCGGGUUAGGCUAUGCCAGGGCUGCCUUUGAAAUCGCCGCGCAGGAAGAGCGAGCCUCGCAGAACGGUGACCUAGAUGGAUCCGGGCAUUAUGAUUAUAUCUUCGUCGCAUGCGGAAGUGGCAGCACAGUUGGGGGCUUGAUUGCCGGGUUCAAAUUACUAGAAAAAUCCUCGAAAACCCAGACACAUUCACCACACAAAGUCAUCGGCAUCCUCAACUCCCCUACCAUGCCAUGCUCAUACCACGAGGAACGGGUUUUACGCUUCGCGCGUAUGGCCGGGGGUAUGAUCGGGUUAGAUCCUGAGAGGGACAUUACCAUGGACGAUGUGUGCUUGGAUUCUCGGUUUACUGGGGAUGCUUAUGGCGUGCUAGAUCUCGAGUCGAAGCAGUACCUGAAUAUGAUGGCGCAGGAGGAGGGUGUCAUUCUUGACCCUGUGUAUACGGCGAAGGUCAUUAGGGGGCUGGUGCAUUGGGUGCAAAAUGGGGAUUUGCAGAGGGAUUGGGCUCAACGUGCGACUGCUGCUCAGUCAGAGCAGGCUAAUGCCUUGUUCAUACAUACAGGUGGGCAGUCUGCGUUACCAGCGUAUGCGGACAUUGACUAG